AUGUCUCAGGGGUCAGUGACAUUCAGAGAUGUGGCCAUAGACUUCUCCCAGGAGGAGUGGGAAUGGCUUCAGCCUCCUCAAAGAGAUUUGUACAGACAUGUGAUGUUGGAGAACUACAGCCACCUGGUUUCACUGGGUCUUAACAUUUCUAAGCCAUAUGUGGUUUCCUUAUUGGAGCAAGGGAAAGAGCCCUGGUUGGAGAAAAGAGGUGUGAGAAGAGAUCUGUUUUCAGUUUCAGAACCAAAUCGUGAGGUCAAAGAGUUUUCUCAAAAAAAUGUCAUUUAUGAAGAUGACUCACCCCAGUGUUUGGUAGUGGAAAGAAUUCUAAGCCACGGCCCUGAAUAUUCCAGUUUUAAAGGAGGCUGGAAAUUCGAGGAAGAUACUCAGAUGCAAGGAAAUCAGGGUUGUAUCCGGCAAGGAACAGUGUCUCAUCAGGGAGCCCUGUCUCAGCACACGAGUAUCAAUACUGUGGAGAGGCCCCAUGGAUGUCAUGAAUGUGGGAAGACUUUCAGUCGGCGCUUUUCCCUUGUGCUACAUCAGAGAACUCAUACUGGAGAGAAACCAUACGUAUGUAAGGAAUGUGGCAAAACCUUUAGCCAGAUCUCAAACCUUGUGAAACAUCAGAUGAUACAUACUGGAAAGAAACCCCAUGAGUGUAAGGACUGUAAUAAAACGUUCAGUUAUCUCUCAUUCCUUAUUGAACACCAGAGAACACAUACUGGGGAGAAACCCUAUGAAUGUACUGAAUGUGGAAAGGCCUUUAGCCGUGCCUCAAACCUCACUCGACAUCAGAGAAUUCAUAUAGGAAAGAAACAGUAUAUAUGUAGGAAAUGUGGGAAAGCCUUUAGCAGUGGCUCAGAACUCAUUCGCCAUCAGAUCACACAUACCGGAGAGAAACCUUAUGAAUGCAUUGAAUGUGGGAAGGCAUUUCGCCGUUCUUCACACCUUACUCGGCAUCAGAGCAUCCAUACUACCAAAACCCCCUAUGAGUGUAAUGAGUGUAGGAAAGCCUUCCGAUGCCACUCAUUCCUUAUUAAACAUCAGAGAAUUCAUGCUGGAGAAAAGCUCUAUGAAUGCGAUGACUGUGGUAAAGUUUUCACGUGGCAUGCAUCCCUUAUGCAACAUAUGAAAAUUCAUACUGGAGAAAAGCCCUAUGCGUGUACUGAAUGUGAUAAAACCUUUAGCCGGAGCUUUUCCCUCAUUCUACAUCAGAUAACUCACACUGGGGAGAAGCCCUAUGUAUGUAAGUUUUGCAAUAAGUCCUUCAGCUGGAGCUCAAACCUUGCCAAACAUCAGAGAACACACACUCUAGAGAACCCUUAUGAAUAUGAGAAUUCAUUUAAUUAUCACUCGUUCCUUACUGAACACAAAGAAAUUCACGCUAUAGAGAAAACAUAA